AUGUUUACGGGUAAAUUCACCCCGCCGUCGUUCGGCCCAUCUAACCUCAAGUACGAAAAACUGAUCGCGACCAACCUGAAACACAUCCGUGCUGAAAUUUUGUAUACGGAACACAAUAUCGGUGACUUAUCGAACCGUUUUGCAUCCCAGCGUCUUGUAAAUACAAUCCAGAACAAACUGGACAAUGUAUUUUCAUUAAUCAGUGUUACUGAGGGUUAUUUAAGCGAAUGGGAAUCGGAUAUAGCGCGUUCCCCUGGACUUUCUGAUGCCAACGGUACUUUCGAACGGUUGAAAGGCCAAUUCAACCGUGAAGUAUCUAGAGCUAGGCACUUGGCAGAAAUGCUGAAGAAAAGACCACAAAUGCAACAUUCUGAUUCGAUAGAAGAGACCUCAACUAUCGACAGUGUACCUGGUAGUGCCCAGGUAGACUACAACUUUAUAAAUUCGGCAAAAUCAGACCCUGACUGUGAAAUACAGGCUAUACAACACUUUGAUCUUGUUGAAUUCGAUAGCGGUCGUGAUCUAUUGACGGAUUCUUUGAUAGAGUCUCGUACGCAGGGGAUCAAUCACAUUCGCUCUCAGAUAGAGCAGGCCCGUGGGAUAUUCAACAACAUCGCGACCAUUGUAGCGGUUCAGGAUGGCGGCUUACAACAGCUAGAGCGCAACUUGAAGGAUGCCCAUGAUAACAGUGAGGAGGUUUUGAAGGACGUGGAAUCGUUAGUAACAUCUCGCCGUCGCAGUUCUCGUAGGAGGUAUGUCAUAUAUACAUCUACUGCAAUGCUUACAGGCGCGUAUGGCUAUGUGGCAUCUCUACUAUAG